AUGGUACCGGGCUGGGCCGGUGUUUGUGGUGUAUCUGAAGGACAUGUGGACUGUGGACAUCAGGAGCAGCAGGAGCAGCAGGAGCAGCAGCAGGAGCAGGAGCAGGAGCAGCAGCAGGAGCAGCAGCAGCAGCAGGAGCAGCAGCAGCAGCAGGAGCAGGAGCAGGAGCAGCAGCAGGAGCAGGAGCAGCAGCAGGAGCAGGAGCAGGAGCAGGAGCAGCAGCAGGAGCAGCAGCAGGAGCAGGAGCAGGAGCAGCAGCAGGAGCAGCAGCAGGAGCAGGAGCAGCAGCAGGAGCAGGAGCAGGAGCAGGAGCAGCAGCAGGAGCAGGAGCAGCAGCAGCAGCAGGAGCAGGAGCAGCAGCAGGAGCAGGAGCAGGAGCAGGAGCAGGAGCAGGAGCAGCAGCAGGAGCAGGAGCAGCAGCAGCAGCAGGAGCAGGAGCAGCAGCAGGAGCAGGAGCAGGAGCAGGAGCAGGAGCAGGAGCAGCAGCAGGAGCAGGAGCAGGAGCAGGAGCAAGGAUCCUGCUCCAAGGGACUCAAACCCUGA